AUGUCCGAUUCGAAAGAAGUGCGUUUGGAAAUAAACAAUGCUUUUAAACUUAGUGGUUUUACUAUACGAAGAGAGGCAAGUAGUUUUCUAGCUGAGCAAUUGUCUGGUUUAUCCAACAAGGAACGAAUAAAAGUCAUUGAUAAAAUUACUGCUCACAUAUUGCACCAGUGUCUAUCUCAACCUGUAUUGGAAAAGGAACAUUUAGAAGUGGCAUACAGGGAAUGCAGUUCAGCAGGUCUAGAAGAAACUGAGACAGUUCUUAAUGUAAUUGAUGCAUUUAAUGUGCCGAAAAUAUCAUAUGAUAAUGAAAAAAAAAAAUUCUCUAUAGAUCUUUCAAAAAAUAACAUGUAUGCAGAACCCAAAUGUAAAGCUCAGUUUUUAAUAGACAGAUACACCAUGAUUUGGCAGAGGACUAACAGAAAUAAAUUAUUUGCUAAAGAAUUGUUACCUUCUAUGAAAAAUGAAAAUCGUUUUCAGCUAAGAAAAAUUGAAGUCUUACUAAGUACAUCUCGUAAAGUGGAUGAUGUUGUAGUGCUCGGUCUAUUAACACAGCUGACAGAGGGGAAGUAUUAUCUAGAAGAUCCAACCGGUAGUGUCCUUCUUGACAUGUCUCAAACUCGGUAUCAUUCUGGCUUGUUUACUGAAAACAGUUAUGUACUUGUUGAAGGAUACUUUGAAGACAAAACACUUCAUGUAAUGGGACUUGUUUUACCACCAUCAGAAACUAGAGCUAUAUCCUUACCAUACUUUGGCAACUUAAAUACAUUUGGGGGUAAAUCUAAAACAUUAUUGAAAAACUCACAGAAUUUGUUAAAAAUUGAACAGGAAAAUGAAGAUGGGAUGAUAAUUUUUUUAUCUGAUGUAUGGUUUGACAACUUAAAGGUAAUGUCUAAACUAAAAACUUUGUUUGCUGGUUAUGAUGACUUUCCACCAAUAGCAAUUGUUUUUAUGGGUGAAUUUCUGUCGUGUCCAUAUGGAUAUGAGCAUAGCACACAGUUAAAUGCUGCUUUAAUAAAUUUGGCAGACAUAAUUAUGCCAUUCACAAAGUUGAGAGAGGCAUGCAAGUUUAUAUUUGUUCCUGGAAGGGGAGACCCAGCUGCUGCAAAUAUUUUACCAAGGCCUCCCAUACCCAACACAAUAACAAAACAAAUUAGUGAGAAAUUAGGAGAUUCUGUCAUAUUUACCACUAAUCCAUGUAGAUUGCAGUAUUGUACCCAAGAAAUUGUAGUAUUAAGACAAGACUUGGUAACAAAAAUGUGUAGAAAUGCAAUACAUUUUCCAGAUGCAGGAGACAUACCAGAUCAUUUAACCAAAACCUUACUUAGUCAGUGUACAUUAUCUCCACUAUCCUUAGGUGUACAACCAGUAUUUUGGAAACAUGCUGAUGCGUUAAGCUUAUAUCCAAUGCCAGAUUUGGUGGUUGUGGGUGAUAACUUUCCUCCCUAUUCAAGAUCAUAUCAAAAUUGUCAAGUGGUUAAUCCUGGUUCAUUUCCAAGAACUGAAUAUGCAUUUAAAGUGUAUGUUCCAGCUUCAAGAAUGAUUGAAGAUUCACAAAUACCUAAUGAAGAUGCCUAA